UUAUAUUGAAGAUGAACCUGGGAGGGGAAGGAGGUUACUGGAGGACAACCGUCCGCUCUGCAUUAUCAGCCAGUGGCUGAUCUUUGGACUCUCGGAUUGAGCAACACUCAGAGAGAAAAAGCAGCUUCAAAAUCAGUCCGAAACAAAGGCAGGAAAGAGGAGACGUGAAUGGAAGAAAGCCAAGAGGGAAAAAGCAAAAAGAACGAGCUACGGCAGACUGAGUCCCAUCAGUGCAACGAGGGAAAGCAGCCCUCUGGGAGGUGCAAUGCUUGAGAUCACUUUUAAUUUAAGCUUCUAGGGAGGAGUAUGAAAGAUUUGUGAGAACGGGGGAAGGAGGGGGUCGUUGGGGGUGGGGAGGGUCGGAGUCAGAGGUCCAAUGGGGAGUAAUUGUGGUGACAGCCAGUGCAAGGGGACAAGGGUUCAUGUGAGACACAGAGGAGGUGAGAUAUAAGGACAAAGAGAAGGAAGCGAGGGGGGACCGGCGUGGACUUCAGUAUGGGUGUUAAGAGCAAAGCUGCUGCUGCUAUCGUAGUCCUGCUGCUGUUCCUCGGCUCCCUGUGGAUCCAAGGAGGUUUGGAUUACCAAUGGGAAUCUUGUUUGAAAGGAUAUAAUCAAGUGAACACGCUCCACCAGCUGUACAACAGCAGUGAUGGCGAUGGGGCUGAGGGCCCCAGAAUCAUGGAGGGGUGCCCCGGUCAGACGUUCCAGGUGUCACUCCUGCUCUCCCACCUGCUGGCAGGACCCGCCUACGCCUCGGACGUGCUAAUGCAGCCGUAUCUGUCCAGCUGGGACGAGCUUGUGAGGUUUAUGGAGGCCCUUGGCCCCAUGGUGGGACUGAUUUCUAAAGAGAUAGAAAGCAAGACUUCCAUAAUCCGUCAACUGGCCCUGUUAUCAAAAGAGAGCCCUGAAGCCGAGCUGGGCCCAGAUAUACAUUCAAUAAACAGUGUGAGGACAGAGACUGGGGCAGAGAACAACCCGGAGGCCUCACAGCACACUGGCGCUUAUCACUCGGUGCGCUCCAUGAUCUGGGUGGAGCUGAACCGAGGACUGGUGGACUUCAACCACCAGACGGACUCGGGGUGCAGGACGCUUCUGCGUCUGCACCGCGCUCUGCUCUGGUUGAAGCUCUUCCUGCAGAAGCUGGCCGAGACGCCAGCGGCCGGCCGGCUGAGGAGCCCCUCGGAGCUGUGCCGGGAGGCCUACCAGAGCACCCUCGCCAACCAUCACACCUGGUUCGUCCGCCGGGCCGCCGAGCUGGCCUUCAUCGCCAUGCCAGAGCGGGGUUUCUUCUUCAAGUUGGUGUGCGUCCAGAGCCAGGAGGAGCUGAACGUGGUGCUGAACAGAGUGGUUCAGGCCAUUGGGGAGAUUUAUGACAGGACGCAGAAGGCCCUGGAGGAAAACAACAUGCUGGACUUGCCAUAGGGAAGCGGCUCUCGGACUCGACCGUACUUGCACUGCCCUCGUGGUCUUCCCGGGCUUCACACUUAAAUGUCUAGCUAACAAACGUGGUGAGAACAAGGACAAAUUAAUGAACUUUUUAAGGCUACAAUUCACACGUGCCAUACUCUCCCAUCCCGAACCAAAGGGCUGCGUCGACAAUCAACUGAUACUGAAAGAGAGAUUGCUUUUGGCCUGUGGACAAUCUUUAUUACACUUUACGAGAUUAUGACUGGGCCGAUGCAUUCAAGCAUCUAAACAAACUAAACUAAACAAAGAACUUGAACUAUUUAAGCAGGAGUACCUAAUAACAUGGACACCACACACCCAAAGCAACCCUCUGCAAUACAGCUGAAAUAAAUACAGCAUUUGUUAAGCUGUUAAUCUUUCUCAGCAUUCGUCACAGGAGAGGUGAAUUGCAAUGAUGGAUUGCAUCAGAUUCUAGAAUUCCUGGUUUGUUUUUACGUUUAGAAUGUAAUUAAAAAAUGUGCUGUUUAGCUGUAGCUAAUGCUUGUUGGUUUAGAAUGGUGACCGGCUCGGUCGAGAUGCCUUCUGGCCUUUAAAUCUGGGACCAAUCCCUCCCAAUUAAAGAUAUAUUAUACAACACAAAUCAGCAUAUGCUGAACAAAAGGACUAAAUGAUGCUUCGUAGCAUCCGUGGUGUGAGUGUGAAAAAUAAAUUUCUCUGUUGUAUUUUGUAAAUUUUUCUAUCAUGUUCAUAAUUAUUAAAUAAAAAGAAACGAUCCAGAUGGUCGAGUGACGUGAUAACCCUGUGUAAUGUGACCCACCAUCCGGCAGGGGACCCGGUGCUCGGCUACAGACUAAUCCUCACUUGCUUUCAUCAUGGUGGAUGUAAUCUGCCCUCUGUGAACCUCCCACCUGGACACUGUUGGUGGAAAUGUCUUUUUUUUUAAACCCUAGUACAAAUGCUGUUCCUCUUCA